AUGGAUGAAUCAACUUUACGUGGAGAGGAGCACCGAGGAAGAUCCUCCGAAGGGCAGGGGCGGCUGAAGAGCAUCCAAAACACGACCAAGAAACACCGAUGGUGGUCCUCUGAAAACUUGCAAUACAUACCACUAGAAGACUCAGACGAAAAGGGAGAUGCAGGAGAUGCAUGGGCGCAAGAGUUGAGAAGAAGCAAAGCCUCCCUUUGGAGAUGGCGUUCUGCCACAGCACUGCUCCUAUUAGCCUUAAUCCUAUCCUGGCUCCCGUUCUCAACUUCGAAACUAAGUCGACAAGACUACCCCCAACCAGAAGAAGGCGAAGACAACGUCCUGAAGUGGAUGAAAGAAGCCGAAGUCGCCGAAGGACACUUCUGGUGCGGAAACUCGACUAUCGAAGCCAAACGCCGAGGUUGUGCCUUCAACAAGCUGCACAACAGAUGGAUGCCCCCAGCCUGCACACAAGAUUUCGAACACGCCCGACAAGCCGUACUUGAAGCCCUGAGCGGCGGCGAGGAGGAGCCAACGUUUCAGUUCUACAGGGACGACGACGGCAAACCGGGGACUGAGAUUUCCGACGAAGAGCUGGAUGAGUUUGAGAUUUUGACGCCGGCUUGGACGACUGUUGGACACCACAUGACGCACUGCAUGUAUCUUUUGCUGCAGGCUGCUGCGGCGCUGAAUUUGGGGACAAAGGCGGAUAUGGUUGUUCAUGCGUGGGAGCAUGCGAAGCACUGUGCUAUGGUUGUGUUGAAUGAGACGAAGAAGGCGCCGGCUUGGAAUGAUGUCAAGAGUUUUGGGCAUACGCAGUCUGGUGUUUGUUGGUAA